AUGCCGGCGUCUACUGAUAUGCAAGCCUUUCAAGCAACACUAUCAGCUUCUAAAAACAUUAUUGCGGUCGCUGGCGCUGGUCUUUCUGCCGCAUCUGGGAUUCCUACUUUCAGAGGCCUCGGAGGUUUAUGGAGGAAAUAUGACGCAAUUGAACUGGCGACACCUCGGGCCUUUCGAGCCAAUCCAUCCCGAAGCUGGCAGUUUUACCACUACCGUCGAGAAGCUGCGCUUCGAGCCACACUUUGGCAGAAUUCUCGUUACCUUCAGUCCGAGGCGCAGUUGUCCCAGGAUCGACCUUUACUCUCAUAA